UCCCGCCUGCCCACCCAGUGUGCGCGGAGUCCUGCCCGACGCCACGCGCCCAGUUCCGGGUGUCUUGGCGGAGUGCUGUGGCGAAUUCGCACAGAUAUAGAGGCGCCGUAACUAGACUGAACGUAACUGUGUAACUGCGGAUUCUUUGUGAGAGUCUCCUUCUGCUCUCUGUCUGCCUGCCUGCCUGCCUGCCUGCCGAGUCCGCGCUCCAGCUGUACCUGUGGCGCGUUCGUGACCCGCCGGGCGCGUGACGACAUUUGGAUUGUCGUUCUCGAGCUCCCCGCCCGCCCGCGAGACUCGUCGCCUCAGAGUUCGCGCUGCUGACGCGACUCACUCAGCUUAUCAUUUUGAACAUUUUCCGCCAGUUGCUAGACUCAGAGGGUCCGAAGUUGUUCAUAUCUGUGGCGAACUUGGUGAUAAAGAGUCCGUGGAGACGCUUACUUUACUUUUACUGUUGCGGAGAGUAAACAAACUGAAACGACGUCGAGCCAAGAUUCGUCUCGAAGAGUCGCAGCGCAGCGGCGGCAGGUGCUGAAUGUCAAGUAAAAGACUUUUCUGUUUUCAGUAAAGAAAGUGUCAAAACUAAUGACAUGCCGGAGCUUACAGACAACAGCGCAGAGGCACAGCCGCUAAAAGAGGAGAGUAAUGCCAUCCCCCCAGGCAAGGUGGAGGAGGAAUAUCAGGAAGGCCGUCGCUUUGCCCACCUUUCACGUUGGCGCACAGCAGCCUUCUUCCUCUCCUUGUUCCUCUGCCUCACGGUGGUCUUUGCUUUUUCCUUCAUCAUCCCAUGCCCUGUCCGACCUGUUUACUUACGCAUCUGGAACCAAACCUACGCCGAUGCAGCUACAUACAAUUUCCUUGCUGUUGAAGACGCAAACAAAGACAAAAUCCUUGAUGUUGUUUUUGUCCUCAAGGCCUCUGUUGGCAGUUUGAAUACGUCUUGCACCAGUGAAGAUUCGCCCUGCUUGUUCUUCUCGGCAGCGGCAGGCACCAAUGGACAAACCUUGUGGGAGCGUGCCUUAACCCCUGAGUUUCACUGGGCACAGUGUGGAUUGAGAGGACUAGGGGGCAUGGACACCGGCUGCCUGAUUGCACACUCUCAACAGCUGACCGCCAUUGACAAACACACUGGGACCAUCCUCUGGCAGCAGCCACACCUGCCGAGCUUCAGCAGUCAGCUGCCGGUUCUCAUGGUGCCAGACCUGGAUGGAGACGGCUUGGGUGACCUGGUUCUGGUGGGGCCGGGGCCAACACAGACCAAGCUGAGAAUAGUGUCUAGCAAGAUGGGCAGUCUGAUCGGCUCGGAUGUGGUUCUUGAUUCCACCAAGACUUUCAAACACUUGAUGCACACCACGGCAUCAGGCUCUCACUACCUGCUGUUUCAGACAGGUGAAAUACCUGCCAUUUUAGACUGGCAAGAUGUAUUGGCCCCAACAGGUUCAGGCCUUUAUGCUCAGGCCCUGUGGAAGGUGGCAGCCCAGGCCAGAGCGGGAAGUGAAGCUGGCCUGAAGAGAGACCAGGUGUGGGAGAAAAAAGCUAAUGACACCACUGGACAGGUUCUGCUCUACAGUUCAGAAUCACUCCAGCAGGUGGUUCAGAUUCCCAAGGAAAGCAGAAGUCCCAACCUGCUCUUGGUAUCUGCGGGUUCUGUUGAGCUUGUGGAUGGAGAUAGGCUGCAGUCUCUCUGGAGGGUCAACAUCAGCAGAGUCCUCAGUGAGCCUACCACAGGAUACUUCAACAAGGAUGAUGUUCCUGAUGUUGUGAUAGAGGAUGAUUCUGAUGGUGGCACCAAACGGGUGAUGAUCCUGGAUGGCAACUCUGGGGCUCUUCUGUGGGACAUGAUUUUGCUGAUCCGACCCAACACACCAGUGCCUACCUCCAUCAGGACCAUCCACACCAUCUCAGUCUUUGUGUUCUGGGGAGAAAUGCCAUCCCAGCAGAACAGUUCGAGCACCAGCAGAAAAGACCGCUUCAUCUACAUGCUGCACCCUCAGCAACCCUGUGCUGUCCUGGAGAACAGUGCUGGCACUGAGCACAUUGUGUCAUUCAGGACAACCCUGCUGGAGAGAGGGCGGCAUGCUUGCUUCAUCACACUGAUGGGCUCUGAGGGAGCAGGGCAAGAUGGGCUGGAGAAUGGUGUCAUGCUCACCAAGCGCAAGCUGAAGGAGGAUGUGCCAAGCAGCCGCGUGUGUUGGCUGGGGGAUGCAAGCGGUAACGAUCAGGCUGUCAAAGCGGCUUUUGAUAAACUUCGCUUCCGCCAGAACACUUAAGAAACCUGCCCCUCUAACCCACCCCCUUACCCCAUCCUCCAUGACACUGACACAGACAAGGGUUGAGAACAAGGCUCCCCUUCUGCCCCAAGAAAAUCAGCACGAAUGGUUCUGGUCCCUCUCUUUCCUGUUGGGAGGGCAUUCCUGGGCUCUGUUGUAAAGAUGAGCACCCCUGUCAUGAAACACAUCAGGAUCAGCUAUAGUAGGAUGCCUUCUGCUGUUACUACAACCUGGGAACCUGGAGGUCACUUAGAGCUUGUAACAUGACUCUGCCCCAAGGUAGGACAGUGCCCCCACAUGGUUCUCCUUGAGGGGUAUGGCUUUAGGUGUUUCUGACCAGUUAAACCCAGGCAGCUUGUAGUAAUAGUUUAAACCAAGAAAGAACUGAUGUAGCUGGGCACACAAGUACUGUGUGAACCCUUGCAAAAUGGCCCUUAAAUGUCUCCAAAAGUUGCAUAGUUAUAAUGAUAGUGUAAAAUGUGAUUGUUUGCAUAGCAGAGUCCAUCCUUUUUGCGUGGGCCAGUUCUACAUCAUGUUUGGAUGAUGGAUUCAUCACUAGACUUGGUGGUGAAGACAUUCACAUCCUGGAAUCCAGAAAGUAGGAGUGCAGUCCCCAGGCAAGUAAAGUGCCGUAAAGCUUGGCCCCAUGUCUAAAGGACAGUAGAAAUGGAGAGAUCGGGACAAAAUCCCUCAGGAAAUUCUCUUUGGUUUCAGAGAGGGAAGCGGUGAUAUCAAAAGGGGAUGGGACUUACUGAUCCUGUAAAAAAUACAUGGAUGGGAAAAACUAAUAACAUAAAAUGCACUUUGUAAAGUCCCAGGAACCUAUGGAACAGGCCUUAGGGGCACCAGUUUGUCUCUGUGGAUGUUGUACUUGUGAGUGUGCAAUAAACAUUUUAUUUUUCAGAA